AUGUACGACACUAUGGAACGACCCUUGAAGCGCCCGCGUCUCUCCUUGACACCAGACCCUCUUGAACAAAAUGAAGCGGAAGGAAAGCAGGGCGAGGAGGAGAUACUGGAGGAGUGGGAUCUACAGGCUGCGCGCACUCAAAAUGACAUGCGACUCAAAUCAAUAUUCGAGGGAAUUUUCUCAAAAUACGGAAAGGACUUUACGGAUAUCGGCGAUGAGAUUGAUCUACAAACUGGAAACAUUGUGGUUGACAAUGGCCACUUAUCGGGCAUGCGCAAAGAAGACGACGCCGGAGAGACAGCAGACGCAUGGUUCCACGAAGCUGCCUUAUCAGAGGGAGAUACAGAUCAGGAGAAUGGGACACAUGAAGGUCAAGAGACGAUCAUGAAGCGUGACAUACCAGAAUACUCAUUGGGUCCGGCCACUGAGGAUGAGGCAGCCAAGUCACCCUUGAACAACGCAUUGGUGGAUUAUGGCCCUGAUUUACAAAAGGACGUCGAAAAACCUGUUGUGAAGUCACAACCCGCUUCAGAUCCAUUUUACAAAGAUACCGGGCCAGCGGACCCUGUUUGGCAAGCCCCUGAAUUGCCAGCUAUCUUCUCCACACCCACUGCUGAAACAAGACGGAAAGGAGUUUCCCCGAAGCUUCCCAAUAUCACACGGGAAGCAUCUCCACCGGGUUCUGGAUCGCUUUGGAGCCUGCCUCGAGUGAGGCGUCCGCGUACCGAAGGCAAAGCGAAAGCCACACCGAGUAAACGCCGGCCCCGGGCGAAGCGAAAGUAUCAUUCCAGCCCUAUGCUGCACGACUGGUCAUUUGCAGCCACACCAGAUGGAGACGAAUCAGACGACCCGCUACAAGAAUUCGAACCUUCGCCUUCGCCUUCUUUGCUGAAACGAAAAGGAAGUGCAAAGGUUAAACAUGGAAGGAGUAUUCUGCCGCCCGCUUGUACAGACUCACCCCUAUCUCGCCAACCAUUUUUCGAUACACAGCCACUCAAGGACCAAUCGGCUCCCGAAGCUGAAGCUCAUCCAGCAGAAACACAAGAACCGACCGCAGAGCGAGAAGAAACACGUCAUUUGGAAUUCGAAGACGACUCUAAUUUAUCUAAUUUACACGAAAAUGAUUCAUAUGCAACUCCCAACACCCCGCUCAUUAUCGAAUCAUCGCCAUCGGAAAAGUCACCCGUGAAAUCACCUCGAGGCUUGACGCCCGACGAAGCCAAGCUCAUAGUUUGCAUGAGACACCUGCAAAAGAAAAAAUGGCAGGAAAUUCAUGACCAUAUACCUACUCGGACUAGAGCGAGUAUCUACCAGUGGAAUACACACCAUUGGGCCGACUGCCGCGAAUGUCCACCUCCUCUUUCAGCUCCGUGGAGUCAGGCUGAGUCGGAGAUUCUAGAACAGCUAAAAGACGGCACCGAUCUUUCAUGGCUUGAUUUCCAAAAAGAAUUCCCCGAUCGCACUAAAGCCGAAAUAGAGUUUGAAUUGCUGCGACUCUGGGUUGGAGAUGAGGUUUGGUUUGGCGAAGGGUACCGUGCACCCGAGCAGACCGCCCACCAAGAAGAAGAAGAAGAAGAAGAAGUCAAGAAUGAGCCAGCGGCUGGGCCAGAGGAUAGCGAGAAGGAAGAAGAGGCUGUAUCAGAAGAGAGUGAUGCGUCACCUGAACCAGUCCAUCCUAAACUCCCCGAAGGAAUCAGUACUCCCGUGGGAAGAAAACGUCUUCGAAUAUUUGAGGAUCUCAUGGAUGAUGAUGACGAUGAUGAAGACCCUCUCGCUUCAUCGCCCUCCAAGCUGUCUGCCAUCUUUCUUGAUAGUCCAAAUAUCAAUCGACAGGGAUCCAGGACGCCAAGGGGACCAUCUCCAGCAAAACGUUUGAAAUUCACAACAUGA